AUGCUGAUUGCCUCCCAGCUGGAACCAACGUAUGCCAGGAAAGUUUACCCGUGUUUUGAUGAACCUGCCAUGAAGGCCACGUUUAAUAUCAGAAUCAUCCAUGACCCAAGCUUUGUGGCUCUUUCCAACAUGCCUGCUAUUGAUGUAACUGAAAUGAAGGAUGAAAAUGGAAGCCUGUGGACUGUUACCACAUUUAACACUUCGCUGAAAAUGUCAACUUACUUGACUGCUUUUGUGAUUUGUGAUUUUGAUUAUGUCACCAGAACCGAGCGGGGAAAUGAGAUACGUAUUUGGGCUCGGAAAGAGGCAGUGAAAAAUGGGUAUGUUGACUAUGCUUUAAAUAUCACAGGCCCAAUAUUUUCAUUUCUGGAAGACUUACUUAACGUCAGCUACCCUCUGCCAAAGACAGAUCUGGUUGCACUGCCUGAUUUUGGAGCAGGUGCUAUGGAAAACUGGGGGCUAAUGACUUUCCAAGAAUCAUCGUUGAUGUACCUCCCGAGUGAUAAAUUCACAAGCAGAAAGGCAAUAAUUGCCAUAAUUGUGUCACAUGAGAUAGGACACCAGUGGUUUGGAAAUCUGGUUACAAUGAACUGGUGGAAUGAUCUGUGGCUUAACGAGGGACUGGCAUCUUACUUUGAGUACCUGGGAGCUACCUUUGUUGAACCCAAGCUUUCGCUGGAGAAAAUCUUUUACGAUCAUGUUGUGCAACCUGUCUUAAGGGAAGACAAUGAAAUUGGAGUUCGGUCACUGUCAGAGAGUGAAGAGAAGAUCAAAGGAUCAUUUUCUUUAAUGUCUCUGUUUGACAGCAUCACCUACAACAAGGGGGCUUCUAUUACCUGGAUGCUUUCUGGUUUCCUGACUGAGAAGUUGUUUAUCAGAGCCCUUACUCUUUAUCUGAAAGAAUUUUCCUUCUCAAAUGCUAACCAAGAUGAUCUCUGGACCCACAUUCAGAUGGUGGUAGAUGCACAGGAUGAAGUUCAGUUGCCAGCAUCUGUUAAACAAAUAAUGGAUUCUUGGACAUGCCAAAAUGGGUUUCCAGUUUUAACAUUAAAUAUAACCACUGGCACAAUCAGUCAGGAACAGUUUCGUAAUAAAAAGAAUGAAAACAGUACUGAUUCUUACAACAACACGUGGAUUGUUCCUAUUUCUUGGAUGAGAAACGGAUCGUCACAACCCUUAACGUGGCUAGAUAGCAGCAGCAAAGUGUUUCCCGAAAUGCAAGUGUCGGAGUCGGAAUAUGACUGGAUCCUGCUAAAUGUGAAUUUAAGUGGAUACUACAGGGUGAACUAUGAUCAAUUAAACUUAAAAAGAUUAGCACACUUGCUUGAAAAUGAUCCAAAGGCUAUUCCAGCUGUCAGCAGGUUCCAGCUGAUAGAUGAUGUUUUUGCACUCACACAGUUUGGGUACACUGAGAUUGAAACAGCGCUUGAACUCACAAAGUACCUUGCCAGAGAAGAUGAACUCUUCAUAUGGAACGCAGUACUGCUAAACCUAGUACCCGAGAAUUUGGAAAGUACUCUGAAGAACUAUGAAGUGUAUCCCCUUAUAAAGAAAUACCUUUUAAAGAGAAUGUUGCCAAUAUACCAUUAUUAUGCAGGUUUUAUUCGUCAAAAUGUUGAUGCUUUGCAAGAUGACUACUUUGCUCAAGCGUAUUUGGAAAAACUUUUUGCAACAGCGUGCUUGCUGGGCCUCCAAGACUGUUUGAACCUGUCAGCAGAACUCUACGCUAAGUGGAUGGACAACCCUGAUUACAAAAUUCCCUUUUUAAUUCGAAGAACAGUCUGCUGCUACGGUGUUGCCGUGGGAAGUGAUAAAGAAUGGGAUUUUGCAUGGGAAAUGUAUAACCGCACCGACUCCACGAAAGAAGAUAAAGACAUCCUGCUCUCUGCCAUGAGUUGUGCCAAGGAAUCAUGGUUACUCUACAGAUAUUUGCAAUAUGGACUCAGUGAUACAUUAUUUUCUUCCAACUGUACUUCAGUCAUCAUCUUAUAUGUGGUAACUAAGGACAUUGGGCACCGUAUAGCCUGGGAAUUUGUUACAGAAAAUUGGCCACUUUUAAGUGAAAGGUAUGGGAAUGAAUUAUUACAUGAUGUAUUAAAAAUCAUGGGAAGAUUUGUCAAUACAGAUGUACAGAUCCAAGAGUUGCAGGUGUUUUAUAAUGCUACACUGGAAGAGGAUGAGAGAGAGGCUGCUACUUUACUGCUGGAGUUUACAAAAUUGGAAAACAUGGAAAGGAGGGAGCUGCUAACCAAAGUUGCUGACUGGUUACAGGAAAAUGUAGAUGAUUGA